UGGCGCUGUUAGUGACUCAGUCAGUGUGAGCACAGAGAAACCUGGACGAGGAAAACACGACUGUACUUCAUACAACUUUGUAUCCGGGAUGAUUGAUUAUUAUGGCCCAAAAGCGGAUGAUGUCUUUACUGUGGUCCAGCAGAAGAUGUGGACCUGUGGUAUCCAGCACUUACUGUCAGACCAUCAUUGUUAUGUCUCAAUACUGCAAACAAAUCAUCCAAAAACCUCCUCCUUCUCAUUCAGAGAACGAAUGUCUUUUGGAGAACCUCUCCAGCAUGGGUGUGGACCUUAACAUGGCCCGUCGACGCCAGCCAGGGGUCCUGCGAAAGCUCAUCACCAACGAGCAAGGUCUCGCCCACUUCCUGAAGGGCAAAGGUGCCGACCAGGAGACCGUCGCCAGCAUCAUCUCUCGUUUCCCGCGCUCCAUCACGCGCUCGUCCGAGCACCUGGAGGAACGCUGGAAGCUGUGGAGAAACAUCUUUAAAAGCGACAGCGAGGUGGUGGAAAUUCUCUCCAGGUCGCCCGAGUCAUUUUUCCGUUCGAGUGACAAUGAAAACCUAGAGGAGAACAUCACUUUCUUGAGGUCUUUAGGAAUCACACCCAAAGACCUACACCGCCUGCUCACGACCGCGCCACGAACUUUCUCCAACAGCGUGGAGCUCAACAGGAAUAUGGUGGAGCUUCUUCAGGGCGUUUGUUUGAGUCUGGGUGGAAAAGAUCACGAACAUUUCGCCAGAACCAUCAUCUCCAGGAACUUGUACAUCCUCAUCCGCAGCACCAAUCGAGUCCAAGCGAACGUGAACUUUCUAUUGAGCUCAUUGACGUUGAGUAACGCAGAGGCGCUGCUUUUACUGCAGAGUCACGGUGCUCAGAUCCUGGACCUCUCGCAUGAGAGUCUGAAACGAAACUUCAGGAGCCUGCAGGUGAAGCUUCAGUCUCUGGGCUGCAGUAAGGCGGACUUUAAGAAGAUGAUCCUGAAUUAUUCGCUCGUGCUCUUCAUCUCAUCAGAUCGUCUGAAUGAGAAACUGGACUGUCUGAUCGACGCUGGCAUUCACGCACAGCAGAUCGUACAGAAACCAAAGGUUCUUGAUUUCAGUCUGGACAUCAUUAAACAGCGCCUUCGGGAUCUCAUCAGAUUGGGUUAUGACUUUCAGAAGAACGGUAUUGCUGUUUUAGAUACCAGCAAAAAACGAUUUCAUGCUAAAUUAGAGAGAUUGGGUUCACCAGAAGAAUAAUGAAAUACAUCUAUAUUGUGUAUGCACAUUCAUUCAGAGUGACUGUAAAAGUUUGUUUUGCUGUAUUUAUUUUGUUAUUAAGCAGAGCUGUUGUCCUAAUUUAUAUUUAUACAAAUAUUUAUCUGAUAAGAUUUGGUAUGGUAUGUAUGAUUGUGUUUUAGAUCACAGCUUUUAUUAAACUUCAGUACAGAAUCUCCUUUUUGGUAAGAAAUAAAGUGAAGUUUGAGCCGAUUAAUAAUAUAAAUGAACAUCAAUAAAUCUACGCUGCUA